AAAUACGUUGCCUCACACCUCCGUUUGUCUGCGUGUACAGUCGGUAUUCUGUCAUGUUCUGUCACUGUCGCGCCGCGAAGUGAAGUGUGGCACGGUUCGUCGAGCAUUAUUACGUGCAACGCGAUUUUUAUUCCCUUCUCCUCGAACUGGUAUUUCUUAUCAGCCCUCCUCAAUAUGGCCUGGCUGUCCGGUCUUGCUGAUAAGGCAGAGAAUUUGUUAAACAAAAUUGACAAAAACACCGCGGCCGUCUUAAAUAAAGAUAAAUACGAGAUGCCGCAUGGUCAUCUGUCAGAUGUUACGUGGCUCUCACCGGAAUCUGGACUAAAUGGAAACACAUCCAGAACGUCUCUAUUGGGAUCAUCGGAUCACAUUUCUUAUGCAGCUCCAACUUCAAGUUUGACAUCAGUUAAUUUAUUGAAUAUAACAGCACCUAAGGAAGAUGCUCUAUUUACAUAUUUAAAUACUCCUGACCCGAGUCCAAAAAGAACAGUAGAGUCUUUCAAAUCGCCGUCGAGUACUUCAUCAUUAUUAGUUGAACAUCCAACUGAUACAGACUCGGAUCUAUCGAUUCAAAGCGAUCGGAGCCCAACCCCACCUCAUGUUUCACUAGAAAUGAUCGCUAAUGCUUCAGAUGAUGAAGACACAGAAAUAAAUAUAAAUGGGGAAAAUAUAAAUUUAUAUCCACAUGUUGAAACACAAACCUUAAACGGUAGCAAUCUGAAUAUAUCAGCAGUACAAGUUGUACAGAAUGAAUACAUUAAUACAGAAGAACAUUCAAAUAUGUUCUAUCCCCAAUCCAAAUAUAAAAUAAAGUCAGACAAUUUAAAAAUGGAUAAUUUGGAUAAUCCAAUUGACUCAGCAGCUAAAUCUGAACAAAAAUAUAUAAGAGAAAUGGAAAGGCAUCUGGAAAAGCAAAAUGAUUUUCUUGGAAAACAAACAGAUUAUCAAAAAGAGAUUGUAGUUUUAAACGAAAAAUUGAUAGCAUUGGAAGCGGAAAAGAUGGAACAGUCGAAGCAAAUAAUGAUCUUGCAAUCUGUCAUUGACAGGAACAGACAAGACUUAAACUCAAUUAGAUCUGAAUUGGAACAACAUAAAGCUAGAGCACUGAAAACUUUACAAGAAAAAGAGAAACUUAUAGCAGAAUUGAAAAGUAAUACGCCAACAGCUAUGGAUGAAGCCAUCAUCAUGGAGCUGAAUCAACUGAAACAGGAACGCGACAAUGUUAGAGAGGAAAAUCAGCAAAUAUCUCAACAAUUGAAAAUGUUACGGGAAGAGAUGAUAAACGCAGAUCUGAACUUGGAGAAGAUACGACAAAAAUCAGCCGAAACAAAUUUACAAAAUCAAGAAAUUCUUGCCAGCGAAAGACGUCGAAGAAUAGAAGCAGAAGAAGAUGUGAGACAACACUCUGAGGAAAUAAGAUCCUUGAAAGAUGAAUUAAUUAGUCAACGUAAUGGAUUUAGUUUGCAGUUACAAAAGCAGAAUUCAGAGAUUUCUAGGCUUAAGUUGCAGUUAUCUGUAUCAGCAACGCCGAGUAAUGAAAUGGAUUCGAGAAUAGCAUCUCUUACCCAGACUCUGGUUCUAAAACAGCAAGCAUUAGAAUGUUUAACAACAGAAAGGAAUGCAUUACGUCUCCAACUUGAAAAAAUCGAACAUGAAUACAGAAGUGCUGCGGGAAAUUUACGAAGAAACAUAUCAUAUAAUAAUAUAAAUGAUACGGACGAUGCAAAAGCUCAAGUUCCUACAUUUUUAAUGGAAACACCGUUUGAUACUAGCGUUACUAGAAGAGUAAAGAGAGCUUAUUCUUCAUUGGACGCUAUAAGCAUUCGAACGGGAGUAUUUUUGAGAAGAUAUCCGCUAGCUAGAAUUUUAAUAUUGAUUUAUAUGGCACUGCUCCAAUUAUGGGUUUUGGUAGUUCUUUUAUCUCAGUCACCGGAAGCGCAUUAAUAGAAAUUAGAAUAAUAGAUAUUUUAAAGCGAAAGGGAAUAAUAUAUUUCUCGAAAAAAUAAAAUUUUGUGAAUAUCAGAAAAUAAUAUUUACAUGAAGCAGAUUAGAUCUUGUACAGUUCAAUGUAGUACUUCUCCAUCUAUAAAAUUAUUAAACAAAAAAAAUAUAAUGGUUGAAUAAAAAUAAUAUAGUGAUAAAUCAGUGAUAGUCGGUAAAGUAUUAUAAUUGUAAAAUUGUCUUUAUUUUUUUACUACAUAAAAGAAGUAAUGUUACAAGACUACAAAUGCGGACAACAUUAAAAUAAAACUAAAUGGUGAAGAA